AUGGAAAAAGCUAUCUACUCUGACCCCUAUAAUGUAACAGCCAAUUGGGUUGGUGAGAAUGUGUUUGCUUACAAUGGUAUACUUUGCACACCAACACGCGAUGAUCCCAAAUUAACAGUUGUUUCUGGUGUUUAUCUUAACCAUAGUGAUAUAGCUGGGUACCUUCCAGUUGAGCUUGGGCUUUUGACUGAUCUCACUACAUUCCACAUCAACUCUAAUCGGUUUUGUGGAAUCAUCCCGAAUAGUUUCUCUAAACUUCAACAUUUGGAAGAGCUUGAUGUCAGCAAUAACCGCUUCGUCGGUUCAUUUCCAGAUGUUCUUCUCAAGUUGCAUUCACUUGUUUACAUUGACAUCAGAUACAACAAUUUCGAAGGGCUAAUUCCAGCAAAACUCUUUGACAAGAAUUAUGAUGUUUUGCUCUUGACUCACAAUAGGUUCACUUCAGAAAAUCCCUGA